AUGAUUAUAGCCACCUGGAAUGUAAGGGGCUUCAAUAAGCUUUUUAAGCACAAGGAGUUUAAUAGAGUAAUGAAUAAAGAGAAUAUAAUAAUUAUAGCUAUUACAGAAGAUAGAGUAGCUAAACAACAUGCAUCAAAAAUCAUGAAAAAGGUAUUUCCAGCAUGGAGCUGGCAUGAUAACUAUAAUCAAACUAAUAGAGGAAGGAUCUGGCUAGCACGAGAUCAUAACGAAGUGGACCUCACAGUCUUAAGCGCUCACAAUCAAUUUAUACAUUGUUUACUAAGGGAUAUCAACACUGAUAAGCAGAUGGAUUUUACUGCAGUGUAUGGUUUACACACCAUUGUAGAUAGGAAACCUAUGUGGCAAGCUCUAGAGAAUAUAGAAGCAAAUAUAGUUAAUCCAUGGCUCAUCAUGGGUGACUUUAAUGCAGUGAUUAAUGGAGAAGAUAGGAUAGGAGGAAGUCAGAUUCAGGAUGCUGAAAUUAAAGAUUUUGCUAAGAUGAUAGACAAUACAGGGCUUACUAUAAUGAAGUCCACUGAGGGGAUACUAGUUCAGUACAGCUGCUAUAUCUCUCAGACUUCUAGACUUAUUGCCAACCCUACAAAAAGCUCUGUAUAUUGUUGUGGAAUUACCAGAGAUGCAGAAGCGAAAAUAUUAGAAAUUCUGGGAUCUAGGAGAGGGCCUAACUAG